AUGGCUACUCGAUCCGGCAAAACAUAUCAAGAACCUAAGAGAUCAAGAAGAAGAAACAUCAUCAAGGAAACAGGUUCUACAACACCUCCAAAUGGAAAAUAUAUGGAUAAUAACUUGGAUCUUUCUAACAUCUCUAACAGAGACCUAAGAUCGAGAAGGUCUAGUGUAAAAAACUCUACCUUUGAUAAAAGUGAUGUAUCUGUGACGAAGACUAGCUUAGAUAGCGCUACGGAUUCUAAUUGGAUAGUUUCUGACCUGACUAGCAAAGUUAACGGAACAAAGUCUUAUGUAAACACAUCUUCAAAUGAAAUGAUUAAACCUGAUACUCCUCGAAGUACUGAAAAGAAAAGGCAACAUUUAAAUAAUUCUGAUAUAUCUACAAAAAAAUUAAGAAAAACAAAAUCGCACAUCAGCGAUAGUAUUCAUAACACAUCUGACCAAGUAAUUAAUGUUACAUAUGAAAAAGAUAUAGAUGCCAUGGAAGUAAUAAAUAAUAAAGAAGUUUCAACAAAUGCUAACGGUAAGACUGUAGAAUGGAGCGGAGCAGGUCUUGACAUAGAUACAGAAAAUGAUUUGAAUUGUCUCAAUGUUGGGAAAACGUUAAGACAUAAGAAAAAGAAAGUUAAAGGCAAGAAAAAGAAACAAAAAAGAAAACUAAAGGAGAAAACAGAAGAGCCUUCUGAUAACGUAAAAAUUCUUAACACUUCAAUUGAGAAGGAUAAUAUCUCAGAAGGUACGUCACCUAGAAAUAAGAUUGAUGCAAACAAUAGUAAAACAAAUACAGAAAAAGAUAUGGAUCCAAACGAUUCUAAUAAAAUUUCAAGAAUCAGGAAAUCCAGUAUAAAAGAUACAACAUUUGAUAAAGAAGACAAAGUUAUGGAUACAACAUAUGAAAAAGAUCAGAAAAUAAAUAUAACAUUUGAUAAAGAUUCUGAAUGCGUUAAUGUUUCUGGUGGAAACUUCAAGGGGAAUAUAAGCAUAACAGCUUCUGAUAAAAAUGACAAAAGCAAUGAGACAUUUGAAAUAGAUACAUCUAGAACUACGGAUACAUUACAGAAGAGUCAGAAGAAGAGAAAGUCCAGUAGAACUAAUGUAUCACUUAACAAAAGUAGUACAUCCAUACAAAAUUUGUCGAAGGAUAUCUUCGAAAAAGACAAGAGUGUUUUAGCAAGUCCUGCUACUAAAAGAAUGUCUUUGAGAAGACAAACAAUAGAUAUAAUAAUUUCACCUGCCAAGAAACUUGACACAACGUUUGAAAAAGAAUCUAAAUUAGAAACGGGAACCAAACGGACUUCCCAUAGAUUGUCUGAAGUACCUUCACUCGAUAAACUGAAUGUAACUUUUGACAAAGAAGACAUGAAGGACAAUCAUCAAAACUCAAAGUCAUCACUGAUCAGUUCCGACAACUCCAGCAUAUCCCGAGUAAGUAUAACUAGUGAUGAGAGCACAGAACACAUAGUUAAUACUACACCCUUGUUAAUUGAAAGCAGUAUGGAUGAAACUCAUGGUAAUAAAAGCCCAGAAGAGAGGCCAAAGGAAGUCCUACCACCUCUGACCCCAUUAAAACGUGAAGGCACUUUUACUAAAGAAGCUCCAGAAGUUGAAUUGCCACUAACACCUGGUAAACGUGAAUCUGAUAUAAUGCCUGCUGCAGGCUGCACUCCUUACCAUGUAUCAAAGAGUUCUCAGAAGAAGCCCAUGUUGAAUGUUACUCGGUCGAUUGAGAAACGGUUGUCAGUUGACCCAGGUCACAGGAUGACCAGGGUGAUGUUUUGUAGUCCGAUAGAUAAUCCUACCAGCGUAGCAUACGAGAAACGGAAGAUUAUUAAAUCCAAUCUUAAAGGAUCUAAUAAAAGCUUUGUUUUUGAUGAGACUUCCUCAGUGACUCGUCCCGCUCGAAAGCGAUCGUAUACUCAGAAUGAUGCAGAUGAUGCGAGAACAAAACGCUCCUGCCUCGCUGAAGAUCUGCAGCAGUCGGUGGACCGGCUGUCGCGCCCAAGAACACCAACCACUACUUCCAAAUUGGGUGAGACUACACCAAAGAAGUCCAAUACCCCAUACAAGUCUAAAUCGGAGACGAAACCCGCGAGGACUCGUCUGCCAAACUUCGCGAUACUCCACCAGAAACAGUUCGAGAAGAUGGAGUCGCUUGGAGAGUGCCAGGAGAGGAAGGCGAAGAGGGCCAAGCAGAUGCUCACACCCUCCGCACUGAAGAUCACAUUGGAGAAGAUCAGUCCCAAAAAUAAUGCUGACUCUGAGAAACCAACCACAAAAGAAACCACUAAACCUAAAGACAAAACGGAAAUUUCAUCAAAGAAACCACUGACUUUCGAGUCGAUAAAGCCUGGUUUCACUAGAUUUGGCUUUAGGUUGAACUUAGACGUCAACCCAUUCAGUAUACCACCCAAAACUGACAAACCAAAGGACAAGCUGAGCGGUACAGCACCAAAACCGUCUUUGACAGGAGCCACCUCGAAGCUACGUGAACCUUCAGACAGAAGAGAAGCAGCGAAGCAGACAGUGAUGAGAGAAAAGAGCUUUGUGGAGAAGAGAAAGGUAAACAGAAGUGAGAACAGAACAUUCAUAAAAGGAGUUAGAACUAACAGAAGGUUUGAGUUACAAAUGAAACUUAGAAACAUUGAUUAG